GCAACAAACAGGUCGAGCGCGCAGGUCCAACUCAUACUUCAUGUUGAAAACUGACUAAAUUUGCAGGCAAAUGAAAUGACAGAUGAGAGUGUGUACAAAUGGAGACUUGUAAAACUGGAUCAAAUGGGACGGUGUCUGAUCCGGUUAAGCAACAUGUUCCGUUUCCCAUUGGAUACAUUUACGGCACCGAGCGAGACAAAGUGAGAAACGGCUUGGAGAGCCAAGUGUGGCCAGAUGGGUCCAGAUAUGAAGGAGAGUUUCAGAACGACCUGAAACACGGAGUGGGUGUUUAUACGUGGCCCAACGGAGAGGUCUAUGAGGGUGCCUUCUUCCAAGAUCAACGGCAUGGCAAGGGCACGUACACCUGGCCAGACGGCUCCAAGUUCACCGGGAAGUUUUAUUUGAAUCGGAAGGAGGGCUAUGGCGUCCAGACCUUUCCCGACGGCACAGUCUUCAAGGGCCUGUACCACGCGGACGAGAGGCUGGGGCCCGGACUGAUGACCUACGCGGACGGCCGCCAGGACGUGGGCCUGUGGCACCGCUGCCGCCUGCUGAGCCUGUGCACGCGGCUGGAGCAUGCCUUCAGCCUGGUGUCCCUGCCGGUCUUCCAGAGCUACGGGCAGGCGGCGAUGAAGCAGCCGGCCGAGGUGCUGACGCCCCGCUCCGCCGCGCGCGUCAAGCGCCGGGAGCUCCGGGAGCACGUGGAGGACGAGCGCUUCAUCCUGCCGGCCCACACGCUGCGCUACGCCAACGACCCCGACCUGAUGCCCCUGCCCCCCCGCCUGCGCAGGCAGCUCGACGCGCUCUUCUUUGGACCGGAGGCACACUUGCAGACAGACGUGCAGGCGCACACACACACAACCGGGAGAAGCAAAAGCAACCUGCCGCUGAUGGAACGUAUGCAGGCGCACAUCGAGAAACACAGUAUGUAUGAAGCGGAGUGUGUAGACUGGCCCGUGGAGGCGGUUCUGGCUGCGCAGCGGAGUGUGUUUGGGCCUAAGGGCAGGCUGGAGGUGCGGUCGGAGGAGCUGAUUGGAGCAUGCAGCCGCGGCGAUGCCCAGGCUGUCUACAGCCUGCUACGGGACGGAAGCAUCCACCCUGACGUAGCCGAUGUGCACGGACACACACCCCUCAUCGCAGCCACGGUGAACUGCCAUAACGAGGUGCUGCACCUGCUGCUGGACGCGGGUGCGGACGUGAACAAGCUGAACAGUGAGGGCAUGAGCGCUCUGGCCGCGAGCCACGUGCUUUACUAUCCCUCCGGCAACCUCGUGCGCUCUGUGGCUGAGCCCGCGCCAAGCACAAACACACGCAACGCUGCUGCUUCGCGCCAGGCGAGCCGGCCUGUAUCGCCUGAUCAAAACCGGCCAGCCAACGAGGAGACAGGAGCUCAGGGUCAGGCACCAGCUGAUUCAGAUCCUCCCAAUGACGACACAGCGGCCAACAAAGCGGCCAACGAAGCGGCCAACGAAGCGACCACCGAAGCGGCCAAAGAAGUGGCCAACGAAGCGACCACCGAAGUGGCCAACAAAGCGGCCAAUGAAGCGGCCAACGAAUCGACCACCGAAGCGGCCAAAGAAGUGGCCAACGAAGCGACCACCGAAGUGGCCAACGAAGCGACCACCGAAGUGGCCAAGGAAGUGGCCACCGAAGCGACCAACGAAACACCCGGCCUUCAGAGCGACGCAUCGUCCAAUGAGGGCGUCGGAAAUGAGUUGGAGGAGGAGCAUGAGGAGGAAAUAGCUGCUAUUGGCCAGCAUGAGGAGGAGGAGGAGGAGACUAAUUACACGAAGGAGGAGGAGAAGCUCAUAGGCAAGGGAGUUCCUAAUUUGGUGCUACCAGUGACCGAUGACCGCUCCGUCUCUGCUCUGUCGUUAGCCAGUCUACAGGUGGGCGGGGCUGACAAGGAGCUCUCACAUCCUGACCAGCGGCCAUUAAAGGACACACAGCAGCGGUGUGAGCGGCACUUGUCCACGCUGCAGCUGCUGCUGUCUCGGGGGGCGGACCCCAACGCCUCGCGGGUGCCCAUGCCCGUCCUGGUGCUCGCCAUCAAGGCCGCAGACACCCACGGCGUACACACACUGCUACAGGCCGGGGCCCGCACCGAUAUACGCCUGCCCUCUGAGAUGAACGGUGUGUCUCCGCUGCAUGUUGCGGCCGGUCUCCCGGGUGAUGAGGGUCCGCGAAUCACAGAGCUCCUUCUGCACGCGCUCGCUGACCCCGAUGUGCAGGCACAUGACGCACACCUCACCUUUGACCCUGACAAGAGCUCCAUAGAGCUCUCUCUUGGUAGUGCUAAAAGCGGCAGCUCUGAGGGGGGAAGGACACCGCUACACGUCGCCUGCCAAAGACACUGGGACUAUGAGAAUGCCACGGCGGUGGUGCGUGUUCUUCUGUCCCAUAAGGCGAGUACCAGUCUGCUGUGGAGUGGCCACUCCCCCCUCUCUCUCGCCAUCGCCAGCGGCAACCAAAUGGCGGUGGAUGCUCUGCUGGACGGAGGGGCGGAGCCAAAUCUUGCAUUGUCCAGUCACGUGGGCAACGCCUUGUGUGCCAACGCAAACAUCAACUACCACACACAGGCAAACAGCUGUGACCGCCUACUACUGCUGAAUAAGCUCAUAGCAGCUGGGGCUGAUAUUCUGAUGCCGGUUCAGAUCGUCGCUGGACGGAAGUCUGUGUGGGGCACUGCUGUAGACUACGCAUACCACUCAUUUAGUCAGGACUGGCGUAUUGCACACACUCCGUACCAUGCAUUAACCCCACGGGAGAGAGACACUCUGAACGUGCGGCGGCAGUUGCUUUGCAUCAUGGGAGAUCUGCUGAGGAGUGCCGCCACCAAGGAAACACCACUAGCAAAUCAGCACACACUCAGCGAUUCCACUACAACAGAUGGAGCUGCAGAUGACAACCUGAUCAUAGAACUCAUCAGUGAAGAUGGAAAACCAGUCAGAAGAUUGAGCGGGUUAAAGUAUUGCUACCAGUGUGGGCGCAGUGUGGGGGUGGUGCUGAUCCCGUGCACACGCUGCCACAUGGUCUCCUACUGCAGCAAGAGCUGUAAGAUGAAGGCCUGGAACCUGCGGCACAAGGAGGAGUGUGUCCGCACACACGGCCAGGAGGGCAGCAGCAAUGAGUCCCAGGCUCAGGCUCAGAACAGGAGCUCAGUAAGGCUCAACUCAGCCAGCACUAAGACUAGGCCCCUGUCGGCCACCAGUACAAGAGCGUCAGUGAAGAUCAAAAAGGAGCCAUCUCUAAUCACUCAGAUGGAAGUUCAUAUGAAGAACAAGAGGGCCGCAGAGAAGCUAAAAGAAAGUCGCAAGGCUCUUCUGCAGAAGUGGACCGCCAAGCUCAAAUCCAAACCACCGGCCUCAAAGUUAAGUUCGGGUGAUCAGAACAGGUCUAAGGCUAAGGCCAAAUGGAGCCCCAAUGAGAAGGCUAAGGCCGCGUGGAACCCCAAUGAGAAGGCUAAGGCUAUAUGGAGUCCUAACGAAAACUACAGUUUUAUUUAAAUUUAAUUUAAAUAGCAUUUAAUUUAAAUAACAUUUAACUAUAAUAAAGCAUCUUUGUUUAACCUUCAUUUAACUGUAUAUGUAACAAAGCACUUUUCAUUUAAUCUCCAUUAAACCAUGUUGGUAAUAAAGCGUUCAUAUAAACUCA